AUGGAGGUCAUCAAGGAAGGCCAGCAGCAAGUCUGUGUUAUAGGCACCAAGAUGUCCAUGGCGGUGCAGGACACCGAAGGAUCUUUCCUCUUUGGCGCCUCCUCCGUUUACAACAUCCAGCAGUUCAUCGGUGAAGGCAGCUUUGGUAAAGUGGCCAGGUGCCGCAACGUGAAGACCUCUGAGACCGUGGCGGUCAAGGUCCUCAAAAAGGAACGGGAGAAGGACGACGAUGAGACCAUCGGUGUCCUCAAUCCUGACGUCACGAACUUGGUCAAGUUCUUUGAGUGUUUUACCCACCUGGGACACACGUGUCUCGUGUUUGAAAUGCUGGACAUCAGCCUGUACCAUCUACUGAAAGAACGGGAGUGGAAACCCAUGUGUCCCAGCGAGAUACGCCCCAUCGCAGAGCAGCUAAUGGUGGCUUUAGGCGCUCUCAAACGUUUCGGCAUCCUGCACGCCGACAUCAAGCCUGAUAACGUGAUGCUGGUCGAUGCAGCAGCGCGGCCAUUCAGGGCGAAGCUCAUUGAUUUUGGAGAAGCAGUUCCAGUCUCCAAAGUCACUCGUGGGAUGCAGAUCCAGGCUAUUGGAUACAGGGCUCCGGAGGUGUGUCUCGGCCUCCCUUUCUCCGAGGCCGUCGAUACGGCGAUGGAAUUCCGAGCAGCGAACCACAAGCCAGCAAAGGAGGGUUACGCUUUACCUGAGGGGAUCCGCUUCCUGGAGGACAUGGUUAAUAUUCAUCCAGUCAAGGACGCUGCUGAGCUUGAGGAGAGGAAAGCCUUCAUCGACCUGCUGAAGGGGCUGUUACAUCUGAACGGGGACCAGAGAUUGACCCCCCGUGCAGCUCUGAGACACCCCUUCAUGAAGAAGGUCUGUCUGAGCCAGGACCCCCACAGCAGACCCGGGUAA